CAAUUUUUUUAUUUUUUAUUUUUUUGGUUGAUGCCUGAAUUAACAUUGUCCCUGACUUAUUGGGCCUUUUUUUGAUUAAAAACAUUAGGCCCAACCAAUUCUCUUUUCCCCCAAAUCAACGAUGGUCCAAACUCCAAAUUACCAAAUCGUGAAAUCAAUCCCCAAUUUCUCAUUCCUAGAAGCCGAAAGCCUGCUGCAAACCCUUUUUUUCCUUUCCUAAUUCCAUUCUCAUUCAGCAUUUUCAUUCUGAAGCUGAGACCACGUCGCCAAUGACGUGUCUGUCGACUGUCAUUCCUCCCUUCUGAGGUUCCUGUUCUGGUGGUCAGUGGACCAGUGGUCUCAGAAAUCAGAAUAUUUGAGCUCAACUUACGACUAGCAGCCUCCGGCCUUCGCAAUGCCUGGUGAGUGCCGUGACUGUGAUAUGGAUCAAAAGAUGAUGAACUUUGGGAAUAUCACUCUGAGAGUGGCUCCUCAAGGAUCUAAUUUUCGAUUUAGAGGAAAUAAUUUAGAAAGACUACCAGAAAAGGAGCAUUGUCUACUGGAUAAUCUCUGGAUGAUACGUAACUCUAAACAAAAAUUAGACAGCAUUAAUGCCCUUACUAACCAUUUUAGACAGAUUCAUAAUCAAGUAGAAAGCAAAAAUUUUAGUUCCUUUGCAGUAAUUAAAGUUAGAAUUCUUGAAAUAUAUAAUUAUUGGCCAGAAGUACUACAACAAGUAGAAAGAUUUCUUGACCCCCUGUUCAAAGGAUUUUAUACGCUUGAAGAAGUUUUAAGUUUUUAUAGAGAAAUGAUAGGAUUUAAUUUUCAUAUCUCCGAAAGAAUUAGACAGGCCAUGCAAACCCCCUCUCAAGCUUCAUCAUCAUCUUCAUCAAUACAAUUUUGUGAAAAUUGUGAAACUAUGACCAAAGUUGUUAGAAAUUUAAAUCUUAGAAAGCAUUCUUUAGAAAAAAAACUACAACUCCUUGAAGAUCAAAUUUCUUCAUCUCAACAAAUUAUUAGUAAAUAUCAAAAUUAG